GUACAAUGUACGGACAUGUGACUACACCUUACAACAUGUUCACGGGACAAGUUACCUAGUACAUAUCUACUGGUGAUAAAGAAAUUGCUGUACACUGUGGACGGGAUAUUGCCUGCCAUGGACACAAGAAGUCGCGACAGACGGACAUCGUCCGCAACGGAGUACGAUCCGCUUCUGAACAGGAUCAGAACUGAUUCCUACGCGUCUGGGAUGACAACCAACAGCUACGCCGUCAACGCGAAAACUUCACACGGACAAUGGCGGGUGUACAAGCGGAGGUGGUACAUCCUUGUGCUGUUCUCGCUGGUGUGUUUUGACCAGUCGGUGGUGUUAAACACCUGGUCGCCCAUCUCGGACUCAGCUAAGCUGGUGUUCGGUUGGAAGGACGGAGAUAUCUCGCUACUCAGCAACUGGGGCAGUAUAACGUUUGUCGGUCUGGCUUUGGUCGGCCCAUGGGUCAUUCAAUCGCUAGCCCUCGCGCUGUUUUCACAGGUGUUUGUUUUGAUACAUGACCUUCUUGCAGGACUAAGGGUUACAAUGGUCGGGACGGCCGUUCUGGUUCUGGCUGGAUCCGGUUUGAGAUGCAUCACGACGAGAACGCCUGCCGCGACAUGGUUGAUACAUACUGGACAGUUCCUGGACGGACUGGCAGGUAUCAUCACUAUGGCUGCACCCCCCGUAGUGUCGUCUGUUUGGUUCCCUCCAGAACAGAGAACUUUGGCGACAGGUAUAAAUGUCUUCAUCAGUUACAUGGGCUAUGCUGUGGCGUUUGUGAUUGGUCCGUUGGUGGUGACGCAACCGACUAACUCCACCAAUCAGACCGCCGGAAAUCUGGUUAACGGGUGUCACCCAGAGGAUAACGGCACAGAUCCUUGUUUUGUUCAAAUGAACGCGGAGCAGAUCUUGAGACUCAUGUACAUUGAGACAGGUUUUGCUGGGCUGCUCUGUCUUGCCGUGGUUUUGUACUUUCCGUCCAAACCAGCGACCCCACCCAGUACAUCUGCAUCCACGGAGAGAAUAAACCUCAAGGAAAGCUUUCUACCUGUCAUUAGGAAUGGACAACUCCUGCUGUUAGUACUUUGUAGCGGCAUUACGAAUGGAGCUUUUGGAGGAUGGGGGAUGGUCCUGGAUGUUAGCCUUUCACCACAUGGCAUACAUCAGAUAGAAGCCGGGUGGCUGGGGUUCUACAUGCUGGUAUCUGGUUGCUCCGCCAGUCUCUUCUUCUCCUGGUUGAGUGACCGUUGUGCAGGACGUAUGAAGACUAUACUAGUCAUGUUGUAUAUUGGUGCUGCAUUGUCCACAGCCUGGCUAACGCUAAUGCUGUGGCACGGUGUCAUUCCCUUCAAUACAGUGUCCCUGUAUGUGUCCAUCAUACUAAGCGGGUUAUUCGUGAACGGUGCUGUGCCGUUGUUCUAUGAGAUGGCGGCAGAAAUAACCUACCCAAUCCCGGAGGCCGUCUCAUCUACAGUCCUGAUCUGGUCCAACUGCUUCUUUGCUGGAAUCUUCCUCCUCAUUCCCAUGAUUCCUGGUGUAGGCACAUUGUGGAUGACGUGGUGCAUUCUGGGAGCGUUCCUGCUAUCCCUGCCACUGCUGAUGUUCCUGCGUGGAAACUACCAAAGACUCAGAGUGGACCAAGGACAGCCAAACCCUGUUCAACACAACUAAGUUAAACACACACAGAGACUGCAGUGACCCAAACUCAGACAUUAUAUAAAUAUGACAGGACAAGAAUAUUCCCAUUAAAUUUGACCCCCCAAAAAAACUGACCACUCCUAUC